UCCCUUUCCGCCCCGCCCUUCUACCGUCGCUCACCGCCCCUCGUCGCCGCCGCUCGUCGCCGCACCUCGCCCAGGUGUUGUCUAAUUUCUCUCGCACGCCCUUAUAUUGGUCUAAGUCAGCAUAUUCAUAUUUGUUGAUUUAAGUCAAUGACAAUGGGUUGGUGUAGUAAUUGCGAGGAAUGCCCCAUCUAUAGGGAUCCUGACUACAGUUAUGUGUGCUGUACCUUAUGUGGAAGGAUUCUCGAUCAAAAGAUUUACUACAGCCGUCUCCCUUUUGCAAAGGAUAGCAGUGGCCAGAAUCGUCGAGAGACUGGUAAUAUCAUAAAGACUUUGAAAUAUGAAUUCUCUGCAUCAUAUUUAAGAACUCUAAAUAAAGGAAGAGAUGCGAUUAACUAUAUUGUAAAUACCAUGCACAUUAAUGGAGAUACUAUAAUCGACAAUGCUCAUGCUUUCUAUGAGAUGGUUCUUGAUCAAAAAUUCACCAAGGGGCGCAAGAUAUCUCAUGUUGCAACCGCUUGUCUCUAUCUUUCUUGCAGACGAUUGAAACAGAGCUAUCUUCUCAUUGAUUUCUCUGAAGACUUGCAGAUAAAUAUAUAUGUACUUGGAGCUAUGUUUUUUCAACUUUGUAAAACUUUGAAACUCUUGAAGCGCCCAAUUGUCCAGAAAAUAGUAGAUCCAAGUCUUUUUAUCCAUCGAUUCACAAAGCGACUUUUAGGCAAAAAGAAUGAUACAGUUUCUGAAAUGGCUCUUCGCUUGGUUGCAAGGAUGGAGAGAAAUUGGAUUCAGACAGAGAGGAAACCCAAAGGAUUAUGCGGUGCAGCAUUAUAUAUAUCUGUACAUUCUCAUGGACUUAAUUACUCCAAAUCAGAUAUUGUUUCUGUUGUACGCAUCCGUGAAGCAAUUUUGAAUAGAUGGCUAAUAGAGUUUGAAAAUACAGGGAUUGGUCGCUCAAUUAAUAAGGGAAGCUGUGAUGUUAAUAUGACUCCAUAUGUUGGCUAUGUUGAAGGAAAAGUAUCAAAGGAACCUGGAAGUACUGAUUUUGCAGGGCAUGAGUCGAUUGACCCAUUAACUUUUAGUGAACAACAUGGUUUUGCAAACUCAGAAGAUGAUGAGAGUGAUCAUUUUUCUUUUUCUGACAUUGAUGAUGAUGAGGAAAGGAAACAAAGACUUGUUGAUGAAGCUAAAGAUAUGACUCGUGCACAGAUUCCUCUUGAUGCAACAUGUCAGAUACUUAAGAGAAAGACUUUCAGCUCAAAAAUCAAUUACGAAGCCCUGGAAACUCUGUUCGCUUAUGAACAAGACACUGCAAAGAAGCAAAAAGUUGAAUCAGAUGUUGGUGAUCCUCAUGAAACUCUCGACAAGGAUGAUCAUGUAGAUGAUCUAGAUAACAAGGAUGGUGAUGGGCCACGAGCAUUUGAGAAUGAUAAUUAUGAUGGUUGUUAUGCUGAUUACAAGGGAGAUAGAGAUAGAGAUAGAGAUGAAGACUUCGACGGUGAAGAUGAAGAUGAAGACGAAGCCUAUGACUAUGGAGAUGAAGACUAUGACUAUGGUUAUGAGAAUGAUUUUUGAUUUUGUAUGAUAGGGGCAACAACAACAUUGCUAAGUCUUCUUGCGGGAUGACGAGUUUGAGAAAAAAUAUCUGGCUAUUUAUUUAAGAUACUGUUCUGUUCUUGAAUUUUAACUCUUUAAUAACUAAAAUAAGGUUCUUUGUAGUGAA